GGCGCUGGUUGUCGAUCAAUAGAUGCAAUCAGAUGCUUUAGAAUGGUCAGGAACUGUUUGAGAUGUUUAAAACAACAUUGAAACAGCAAGAAUGACGUUGUCCUACAGUUACACGCCGGAUUAUUUUUCUUUGACAGAUAUUUUGUGUACAGAGGAACGGAUAUCAUGCAAAGUAGAAGUUACGCUACCUCGUUUGGGUUUUUUGGAUCUUUCUUCCGAAUCAGAAGAUCUAAAACCAGGUACAAAGUUGGAGCUUCCACUAUGGUUGGCACAGCCACUGAAUAAAGUAAAAGAAUCAAUAGUUAGUGUAGAUAUACCUAAAACGUAUAAAGAAGGAUACAGAGAAAUUUUAUUGGCAGAUGCCUGUACUGUUGUAUUGAAUAAAUGGAAUCCAUAUUACUAUGAAUUGGGAAUGUAUUUGAGAAAGUUCAACAAUCGCGAUUGUGAAAUGAUAAUUGACAGUUUAUUAUUAACCUUCAGAUCGCGUUUUAGAUUAGUUAUGGACUGGGCACAAAAUCCUGUUUCUGAUCCAAUGCUUAAUAAUUUACUACCAAGAUUAGAGAGAGACUUGUUUCUCACAGGCAGAAAGGCUAAGGAACAAUUAAAUGAAUGGUUAAGG